AUGAAUCGCGUUGGUAUAGACGUAGACCACAUGGUAGGGAUACUGCUAUUAGCUGUAGUGGUGGUGUUUUGGGUUGGCGCUUCGUGUUUAACCAAUGAAUUGUUCGAGACAAAUGCGUACAAUAAACCUUUCUUCCUUACUUACCUAAAUAUAUCGUUGUUUGCUCUUUAUUUGGCGCCAGAUUUAUGGAGGAUAAUCCAGUUGAGAAGGAAGUCCUUGCACGAACGGACAGAUCGUACAUUACCUAUUCAGACGCAAGAAUCUUUUUCAGAGCUCUUACCUUUGAUAAAUUCCGGUUCUUCUAAUUCUUCUAAUUCUUCUUCGUUAGUGGACAUGAGAGUGAAAGAUACAAUGAGAUUGAGCGUACUAUUUUGUGUCUUGUGGUUCGUGGCAAAUUUGGCGGCUAACUCUGCUUUGUCGUAUACCACAGUAGCUUCAUCAACAAUUCUUUCUUCGACGUCUUCAUUUUUUACUUUAUUUCUUGCUACUAGUCUGGGAAUAGAAACUUUUUCGAUGAAAAAAUUGCUGGGGUUAUUUGUGUCUUUGUUUGGGAUUAUCUUGAUUGUGAUGCAAUCCUCGAAGCAACAGGAUUCUGUGAGUGCUUCUUCCUUUUUGGUAGGUAACACUUUAGCACUGUUAGGGUCAUUCGGUUACAGUGUUUAUACCACUCUUUUGAAAUAUGAAAUAUCAUCUAAAGGCCUCCAGCUAGACAUUCAGAUGUUCCUAGGUUAUGUUGGUAUCUUCACGUUUCUGUUAUUUUGGCCGGUUUUAAUAAUUUUGGAUAUAACACAUUUGGAAACUUUUGAGCUACCAAGUGACCCCCGCAUUUUUUUUCUGGUCAUGUUGAAUUGCAUCAUUAUCUUUGUCAGUGAUUUUUUUUGGUGUAAAGCCCUCAUUUUGACAUCUCCUUUGGUGGUUACCAUUGGUUUAACAUUUACUAUCCCGUUAGCUAUGUUUGCUGAUUUUGUAUGGCAAAACGCAUCUUUUACACCUUGGUAUAUCGUUGGCGUUUUCUUCAUUUUUAUCUCAUUCUUACUAGUUAACCAUCGGGGAGAAUCUGCGGUUGAAAAGAGGUGUACUACCGUUGAAAAAGAACCCAUCUUAGAUCCCUGA